CAGAUGGCGCUGCAAAGCCUGACAUUUGUUUUCCUCGCGUCUCCGCGAAAGAAAAACCCAUGGCGAGUUUCACUCUCAGUUUUAGCAUUCAUUUUAUUUCAUUGGCAAGCAGCUGUCGGACGCUUUUUCUACUCAAAAUUCUUGUGAUUAUGUGCUGAUAAAAUCCCCAAGAGUAUUAAAAUGUGGCCAAGUGUGUGCUGAGAAUGUGAGAAAAGUAGAUUUUCUUGUACAAUAUUUCCCUUUAAUCGAAGACAGUGUAAACAAAAAAAUUUCCAAUGCAAUUUUUUCCAGAAAAUUUAAUCAGAUUGAGUGGAAUGUGGUGCAAUCAGCGUACAAAACCGAGAGUUUAGAGGAGAGUGCAAAUAGUGCUAUAUAUUUUAGUUCAUUAUUUGGAAAAUUCUUAAGAAACCCAUCCGGAAGUCUUGGGCAGAAAGAUGAGGGAGAUCCAGACAAACGGCAAGAUGGAGCAUGGCGGAGACCAAAUUAAUUCUCCUGCUGAUUGCGUUGAAAAUGAGCCCGAACUUCCCUCGAGGAACAGUGUCAGUGCCCUUAAGAAGAAGAUGCCAAAAAUUGUUACAAUUUUGCCUGAGGAGGACGAAGAGAAGCAUGAGAGGGAGAAAAUGACAGAGUCCGCGAUGGAAAAUGCUGAAUAUGAAUUGGUUCCACCGGAUGGUGGAUGGGGAUGGCUAGUUUUGGCCGGAUCAAUGCUAGUGAAUAUCCUUAUUCCCGGCACAAUAAAAAGCUUUGGAGUUCUCUUUGUGGAAUUUCUCGAAACAUUCAAUGCAUCCCCAGCAACAGCCGCGUGGAUUCCUGCUCUCUGCUAUUUCCUCUACAGUUCCCUGGGACCCGUUUCAAGCAUUUUAUCUGUGAAAUACUCAUUCCGUACUGUAACACUAAUGGGCGGAACAUUUGCAGCAGUAGGAAUGAUACUCACAUUCUGGGCUUCAUCUGUCACAUAUUUAUACAUUAGUUAUGGGAUAUUGGUGGGAACGGGUGCCGGAUUGGCUUUCCCACCAACUGUCUACAUUGUCACAUCGUACUUUGUUCGAUUGCGAGGACUCGCCAAUGGGCUAUGUAUCUCUGGGAGUGCUCUCGGAUCAAUCAUCUUGCCACCUGUGCUUAGAUACUUACUGGAAACUUAUGGAUACAGGGGAGCGUGCCUUAUUAUGGGCGGAGUGACCCUAAAUGUGUGGGUCGCAGCGAUUUUCUAUCAGCCCGUGGAACAGCACAUGAAACGUGUCCCCAAAGCACUACCAGCUCGAGAAGACACGCAAAAUCUCGAUGAGGAUGUGGGAAUUGUGCUAGAUCUCACGGCAACGACAUCACCAGACUCAACGGACGGACGUGCCAAGUUUGCCAUUGAGGAUUCAGGGACAAAGUCACCAGAAUGCCAAACUCCAACACUUCCGCACGAGAAUGGAUUUGUCCGAAGUGCCAGUGCGGUUGUUGUGAGGAAUUUCUCAAAAGGAAGCGGAAUGGAUGGAAUGGCUGACAGAAGCCGAAAAGUUAGCGUUCCGGUUCGCGAUAGCAUUCGCAAUCAGACGUAUGCCAACAAUCUCACAGAUUUGAGCUCUACACCGUCCCUUUGUGCUGUUCCUGAGAGCAGGAUGUCCGGCACAAGGCUCAGUCAGCGUUUUAUGAACAAUCGUGUGACGUCUAGUGGUCGUUUGGCCAAGAGAUCACCAUCCACGAGUUCUUUUCAGUAUAUCAGUACUCCCUAUCAUGGUAGUACUCUGUCCUUCCAUCCCACGGAAUUUGCCUCUCAUCUGUCAAUCAAGUCCAUCACCAAUUCCCUGAAUCCCGUGUCAUCGUGCUCGAGGAUCAAGAAGGACGUGAGUGGGCAGGAUGAGCAGGACAAAGAGGACGAAGAUGAGGAAGUGAAGAAGAAAGAAAAGAAGAAAUUCUUCGAUUUGAGCCUUCUCAGUGAUCCAACAUAUCUUGUAAUUCUCAUUUCUAAUUCCACUAAUGCAAUUGGAUAUACGAAUUUCAUCAUUUUGUUGCCCGCCUAUGCCAUAAGUAUGGGAUUUGACAAGGGUCUAGCUGCAUAUUUGCUAUCAAUUGUCUCACUGUUGGAUCUUGUGGGACGAAUUGGGGGAUCUGCCCUUUCGGACACAGAAUUAAUUCCCAAGACGUGGUAUUUUAUUGGUGGACUUGCCAUCUCAGGGAUAUCUCUGGCCAUUCUCCCACUUGCUACAACCUACUCCUUUAUCAGCAUCUGCUGUGCAUGCUUUGGGCUAGCUUCUGGGGUUUAUGUGGGCAUCACAGCUGUGAUUAUGGCAGAUAUGCUGGGUCAAGAACGUCUAACAUCAACCUACGGUAUCAGCUUAUUCGUCAAUGGAAUCCUACAGCUCAUUGGACCACCCAUUUGUGGACUUUGGAUUGAGCAUGUAAACGCUUAUGAAUCCCUCUUUACAACCUUGGGAUUCAUUCUGCUCAGUGGAGCUGCUCUCUGGGGCCUAAUGCCCAUGAUUAGACGCAAUAAGGCACGUGCCGAAAGGAAAGCUGAAGAAGCGAGAUGUGCUGAGACAAAAAAGAGUCUCUUGGCUUAAAAGUAUUCCCGGAAACAAUCCCACGAGAAAGAAAAAGUAAUUCCGGUUAAACGUUACUUAAGAUGUACGCAGAAAUGAGUUAGAAAAAUUUAACAAAAUUUCUAUAAAGAGAAUUUACCAAAAAAAAAUGUUGAUAAGAAAAAAAUUUGUAAAUUUUUCAAGAAAAAAUAAUUGUAGAAAUAUGUAGGACAUUUUGGUUUUUUUUAAUUUAACAAAAUACUAAUCUCUGUAGGAAAGGAAAUCUGUAUUAUUUAGUUUAGUUUCAAUUUAUAAUUAAUGUUCACUUAAUUUCCCUCUCAUGCACUUGCAAAAUAUUUUAGCCACCGAUUAAGUGAAAAAAGAAUAAGUAUCCAAUAUCAGAAAAUAUUGACGAAAAUAAUGAUGAAAAAAAGUUUUUCCUCUGUGUCUGGAAAACAAAAAAGAUAUUUUUCUAUUAUUCCAUUUUAAUCAACUUACUGAGAACAUGUAAUUUUAUUUUAUUUUUUGUGGUAUAUUUAUGUAAAUGAGAGUCAAUUGAAUGAUUUUAGAAAAUGAAGAAAA